GAGAGGAGGCCUGGCUGCAUGGGCUAAAGACGAAGAAAGAAGUAAAAGGCCCAAAAUAUAGUCUUGGUCUCUGCUAGACGGCAGGGAAGCAGUCCCAACUCCCCACGCCCACAGCCGAGACGCGAUGGCCGCCGGACCGCCGUCGCUGGCCGGCGUCGGCGACCGGGGAUCCUCCUCCUCCCACCACCCGCCUCCCCCGCCGCCGCCCAAGAUCCUCCUCGCCAAGCCAUCGCUUCCGCACCCCUCGUCCUCCGGCGCCGAUGACGAUGGCGGCGGCGGGCCCCGCGCGCGCCAGGCGCCGCAGCCUGGCUCGCUCAGCCUCGUCUCCGACGCGUGGGAGGUCCACACCGACAAGAUCCUCCCGUAUUUGACCGAGAACAAUGAUUUCAUGGUGAUUGGGGUAAUUGGUCUGCCAGGUGUAGGCAAGUCGACCAUCAUGAACGAGCUUUAUGGAUAUGACGGAAGUUCACCUGGAAUGCUUCCUCCUUUUGCUAUGCAAACUGAGGAAAUCAAAUUGAUGGCAAAACACUGUACCACUGGUAUUGACAUCAGGAUAUCUAAUGAGCGAGUUAUACUCCUUGAUACUCAGCCAGUAUACAGUCCCUCUAUUCUAAUCGAUAUGAUGAGGCCAGAUGGUUCAUCCACAAUUCCUGUCCUUAAUGGUGAUCCGUUAUCAGCAGACCUGGCUCAUGAGCUAAUGGGAAUCCAGCUUGGUGUUUUCUUGGCAUCUGUUUGUAAUAUUUUGUUGGUCGUGUCAGAAGGGAUCAAUGAUUUGUCCAUGUGGGAGCUCAUGCUUACAGUUGAUUUACUCAAGCACAACAUACCCGAUCCAUCCUUGUUGACCUCAUCAGCUUCCCAAGACAAGGAAAACAAAAACGAUGAUCAAUCGAGCAGUGAAGACUACAUUUCUGAUCUCUGUUUUGUGCAUGCUAGAUUGCGGGAACACGAAUUUUCACCUUCAAAGCUCACGCUUCUAAGGAAAAUUCUGGAAAAACACUUCAACUCGUCCUCUUUUAGAAUUGGUAGCUCUAGCACAACAGCUCAAGUUUCUGAUUCGUUAGUUUCUUCAAGCAUGAAAGUUGAAGACUUGACCUCCAGUCGGCAGGACAUAUUUCUUCUUCCCUUGAGAGCACAUGAUAACUCAACAAAGUUUGAGUACGGGACAUACUCGUGCAUGUUAGGGAUGCUUCGUGAUCAGAUCCUAUCAAGGCCGUCAAGGUCGUUUUCGAAGAAUCUCUCUGAGCGCGACUGGUUGAGAAGCUCAGCAAAGAUCUGGGACAUGGUGAAGAAAUCUCCCAUCAUCUCGGAAUAUUGCAAAGCACUUCAGAGUUCAGGAUUGUUUAGGAAGUAGCCGUAGUCAAGUAGCUGUUUGUAUGCCCUCACUUCGAUUGACUUCAAAACAAAGAACUACUGUUGGAUCAGAGGAACUUGAUGCGUGAUGAUAUGUUUCGGUCUUUCUAUUGUCA